AUGGAAGGUUCUGGGAGGCCUCUGGGCCGCCUCGACAGUGACCUUGCCCAAGCCACGUGCCCCUCCACGUGGAGGGCGGGGGCCGAGGGUGGGGGGGCCCCCACCCGGCGUGUUCGGGAGCGGACGUGCGGCCUCCGCGCAGAGAACCCACUGGGGAGCCAAGAAGCCAGUCCAGUAGGAGGGCUGCAGCCCCUGGAGGAGGUGGCGGGAGGAGCUGGGACUGGCCAGAGAGAAGGCAGCCCCCGCUGGUGGGACGGGCCGGAGUGUCAGCGCUGGGGGGGCCACCGGGACAGCAAGGAGCAGGCCCCGGUGCGCGGAGGAGCCAUCUUCCUGUUCGGAGACGUCAUCUACAGCGGCGGCAGGAAGUACCGGCAGGUGCUCAAGAGCUUCGCCUUCCAGGCCCUGGUGCCACUGCUCUUCCAUCUGGUGGACUCCUGCCCCAAGGUGGUCAUGAACACAAAGCUGACUUUCCUGCGCUGUGCCAUCCUGCUUAAGUGGGAGUUCCGGAAGGAGCUGUUUGGGAAGUUGGCGUGGGGCCACGGCCUGGGCGCCGAGAACGACAUUUUCAUCUACAUGGUGGAGAGCAAUUUUGGCAACUACCACCAGUUCCUCAUGCAGGCGUUGAUUUACCUGGCCAGCCCCCACAAAAACCUGAAACACACGGCCAUGAAGUUCAUCGGGGGCAUCCUGAAGGAGUACUUUACUGACCUCUGCUUUUCCCUGAAGAAGAGUGACCUGAAAGUCCUCAGGAAAUGUGAGCCCCGGGGGCCAAGGACAUGGGACCUCUUUGUCUCCUGAUUCCUAAGAAGGCCCCUCCACCAGCCUGUCCCAAGGGCGGGGCAUCAUCUUGUCCUUGAGACUACGUUCCAGGACAGGGCUGUGCCUCCCCAUACCCCGCAUGGGCUCCCGGGACAGGGCUGUGCUCCCCCAUACCCCAUAGGGGCUCCCAGGACGGGGCUGUGCUCCCCCAUACCCCACAGGGGCUCCCGGAACAGGGCUGUGCCUCCCCAUACCCCGCAUGGGCUCCCGGGACAGGGCUGUGCCUCCCCAUACCCCGCAUGGGCUCCCGGGACAGGGCUGUGCUCCCCCACACCCCACAAGGGCUCUUUCAGCACCCACACCAGG